CUCGAUAUAUUGUAUAUGUGAGAAGUAGAUUACAGUUUAAAUUGGGUUUCGCUAACCCGGAUAGUUGCAAAGAGUUUUACAUCUUUUAAACUAACUCUUUUAUAAAUUCUCCUCGACCAUUCUGGCAAGCUGAAAACUCAAUAAUUGUACAUACACGGUGUUGAUUUAGUAAUGAUUUCUAAAAAAUCUAUCUUAAAAAAUUAGAUCAAAAACCCUUAUUUUAUGCGAUUUUAUUUUAAAUAGAAAGAUUAGAAUUUUUAAGUGAUCAAAAGCAAAAUGGAACAUUUGGGACAAAGGAAAGGAUAUAUUUUUUUCUCAACUUCUCAACACUGACGAUGUCAGAGUCGGUAUUUUUAAAAACUGAGCACUGUCAACGGCUAUCAAGUCUCUUGGCAAGAGUGCAUUAGUCAAAAACGUAUUUGACUGUAUAUAUAAGAAACAAUUUUAUAGUCAAUGGUCACAGUUUUGACAGGUAACGGAUCCUUUAUGAUAUUUCAGUAACGGUUUAGGUAAACAAACUCAGACUUUAACUACUAUCAGUAAUCUUGUAGGCAGAAUUUAUGACCAGAAUGAAAAAAUAUCGAAGUCGAACUGUUUAAAAGUCAUACACUUAUACUCAAUUCAUAAUGUAAGUACUUGAAGAGAUCUUUAGGUAAUAAAUUAAUUUGUGAUUAAAAAAUAUCCUCUUCAUCGUCAUGAGCGAUGAGUGAGCUGAUAAGAGUUUUUCAUUACACAUGAACCAGGGGCGUUCCCCACCUGAAUAUAUGAGGCAUUUUGUACCACCUCGAAGGUUCGAUCUCUCAGUGUACCACCUAAAAAAUUAAUUUAUACAGCAAAAAAGCGUACCACCUUACGUUUGUCUGAGGCAAUGCGCCUCAAAUGUUCCACAGGAUAGACGCCCUUGACAUGAACAAAUAAAGUUUUAUACCAGCAAAAAAAUUGUUUUCAUUAUAAAAAGAUAGUCCAACUAUGAAUUAACUUUUUACUUUUUACUGACGAGGAAAGGUCCCCAAGUGUGCAAUCGCUUUUUGCUUGAACUCUAAUAGACAAUAGGUAAUCGACUGCGCUAAACCCGAAUUUGACAUCGGUUUGUGCUGCUAGACCUCCAGAGACCAUGUUUUCAGAAACUCUAAAAAAUAACCAAAAUCUUUCUCAAUGAGACAUGAUUGUAGACCGCAAAUUUCUAAUGCGAUAUCUUCCAGUUCUACACGAUCUUUCUCUGCAAAGUUAUAGAAUUUAUACGAAAAGCCCUAAAUGUUCAUUGUCAGCUCAAAGCUACACAAAUAAGAAAAAAUUAAUUUACGGCUUUUCGUGUAAAUUCUAUAACUUUGCAGAGAAAGAUCGUGUAGAGCUGGAAGAUAUCGCAUUUUAAUCAGAAAUUUGCGGUCUACAAUCAUGCCUCAUUAAGAAAGAUUUUGGUUAUUUUUUAGAGUUUCUGAAAACAUGGUUUUCCAGAAAUCCGGUCGCUGGAGGCCUGGCAGUACAAACCGAUGUCAGAUUCGGGUUUAGCGCAGUCGAUUACCUAUUGUCUACUAGAGUUCAAGCAAAAAGCGAUUGCGCACUUGGGGACCUUUCCUCGUGAGGUCAACACAGCCACUAGCACUUCGCAUGGAGAACAAAAUCUGAACUUUUUUUAGGAAAAAGCUACUAAUACUUCCACUUAGAAGUGGACGCUGACCAGUGAUCGACGACAGCUGAAUAAUUAUUUUCGGCUAUCGUUGACGGUGGCUGAAACCUUUUUUAAGAUUUUUCAUCAGUUUGGUGAUGGGCUAAGACACUCGACGCUUUCUCUUUCGGCGGCUUAUCGACCGCUAUGUCUAUUUCCACCGAAAUACUCGUACUCCGAAAGCUCACUACUGAUCCAUCUCUAUUUACUAAAAUCUGGACUCUAUUUCUACAAUAGAAACGAAAAGUCUUUGAGGUAUUUGUCUUCUUGCUGAGAUUUAAAUAAUCAAAACUGAUUGCACCUGUAUUAUUUCCACGGCGAAUAUGGGUGUUUCGCCUCACUCUUGUCUUUCUACUUUUGUCCUAUUCAGGGGCGCCUAUCCUGUGGGACAUUUGAGGCGCAAUGCCUCAAACAAAUGUAAGGUGAUACGCUUUUUUGCUGUAGAAAUUAAUUUUGCAGGUGGUACACUGAGAGAUCGAACCUUCGAGGUGGUACAAAAUGCCUCACAUAUUCAGGUGGGGAUAGACGCCCCUGGUCCUAUUUCGAGAUCAGAUUGGUUUAAAUACUACUCGAAGAGCUCUACAAAAGCUCCCAGACAAUGACCUUAUUGUAAAGAUUUCUCUGGAUCAGUUUUCUAGAGAUUUCGCGACAGCAUUGACUUUCGGACUGCUUUUGAAAGAGUCGAGAACAGUGGACUAUGGAGUACUUUUACUCGAAACCGCAAUCAAAUCUGGUUCCUUUUGACAUCUGGAAUUUGACUGAAAUGCGACCUCCAGGAGACCAAAUCAAAAAAAACUUUUCGAGAAGAUCGAUACCUGAUGGCUUUCGUAGAGCUACUAGAAUAGUAUCUCGAAAAGUGACCCCUAAAGGCGAGCAUUUCUGUGAGCUUCUUCUCUCUCCUUUUUCCAGCGACAGAGAUGGAUUCAUUUGUAACUGUAUAGGGUUACAUGAUGCAUGUAAUGAUACCUUGAUCAACAGUAUUUUAACUAGUGCUCGUAUCAGCCUAAUCAUUAUAACUAGAGGCUAAUCGCGAAAACUGAUUACUUUCUUGUUGAAAUUACAUUCUAUAGCACAGGCACUUAGAAAAAGAAAUUUAAAAGUUGAUAACAUUUCAUUUUUCGCUUUAUAGAUCUGGAUACGUGCACGUCAACAUCUUGUCUACGAGCAAUUAGUUUGCGAAAAAAUAAAAAACCCCGGAAAGCCCGAACAGCAUUUACUGAUCAACAAUUGAACUGUUUAGAGAGAAAUUUCGGUAGACAAAAAUAUUUGAGUGUACAAGAUCGAAUGGAAUUGGCAACACGAUUAAGUUUAUCCGAUACUCAAGUAAAAACAUGGUAUCAAAAUAGAAGAACGAAAUGGAAACGACAAGCAUGUGUUGGCUUAGAAUUGUUUGCCGGAGCAACAUUACAACGAUGGAUUGAACGGCAACCAUUAUUUUAUGGACAAGGCACAGUAGAAAAUUUUCCUUACUAUCCGCCGUUAUCAUUUAACACAAUGUCAUCUAUAUUGACUGAUUCAACGAAAGCUAAAUUAAAAUAG